UCGCCGGCUCGGCAGAUCUCCUGACGUGACUCGGCGUUUCUCACAGGCUGUCCUGCAGCGCACACCGACUUCUCGCCGGCUCCUCCCGCCGUGUCCACCCCCUCUCGCCACCCAUAUCCGCCCCCAGCCCCAGGCCCUUCUCCUGCGCCGCCGCCGCCGCUGCCGCAGUCGGAGCGGACGUCCCAGCUGCAUCCACCGCCCACACCGCGCGUGCCCUGCGUGCUCCGCGUUCCGGCCGGACCCCGCCGCACACCGUGCGCUCGCCAUGGAGCCCGAAGCCCCCCGCCGCCGCCACACCCACCAGCGCGGCUACGCCGUGAUACGGAACCCCCACCUCAACAAGGACUUGGCUUUUACCCUGAAAGAGAGACAGCAAUUGAAUAUUCAUGGAUUAUUGCCACCUUGCUUCAUCGGUCAAGAUAUCCAGGUCCUUAGAAUAAUCAAAAAUUUUGAGCGUCUGAACUCUGACUUCGACAGGUAUCUUCUCUUAAUGGAUCUUCAAGAUAGAAAUGAAAAGCUCUUUUAUAGAGUGCUAAUGUUUGACAUUGAGAAGUUCAUGCCUAUUGUUUAUACCCCCACUGUGGGUCUGGCUUGCCAGCAAUAUAGUUUAAUAUUUCGGAAGCCAAGAGGCCUCUUUAUUAGUAUCCAUGAUCGAGGGCAUAUUGCUUCAAUUCUUGAUGCGUGGCCAGAAGACGUUAUCAAGGCGAUUGUGGUGACUGAUGGAGAGCGUAUUCUUGGCUUGGGAGACCUUGGCUGUAAUGGCAUGGGCAUCCCUGUGGGUAAAUUGGCUCUGUAUACAGCCUGUGGAGGGGUGAAUCCUCAAGAAUGUCUGCCUGUCACUCUGGACGUGGGAACAGAAAAUGAGGAGUUACUUAACGAUCCAUUGUACAUUGGACUCCGGCAGAGAAGAGUGAGAGGUCCUGAAUAUGACAGUUUUUUGGAUGAAUUCAUGGCGGCAGUUUCUUCCAAGUAUGGCAUGAAUUGCCUUAUUCAGUUUGAAGAUUUCGCCAAUAUAAAUGCAUUUCGUCUCCUGAACAAGUAUCAAAACCAAUAUUGCACAUUCAAUGAUGAUAUUCAAGGAACAGCAUCUGUUGCAGUCGCAGGUAUCCUUGCAGCUCUUCGAAUAACCAAGAACAAACUGUCUGAUCAGACAAUACUAUUCCAAGGAGCUGGAGAGGCUGCCUUAGGGAUUGCGCACCUGAUUAUUAUGGCCAUGGAAAAAGAAGGUUUACCAAAGGAGAAAGCUAGAAGAAAGAUAUGGUUGGUUGACUCAAAAGGAUUGAUAGUUAAGGGACGUAGUGCCUUAACAAAAGAGAAAGGGGAAUUUGCCCAUGAACAUAAAGAAAUGAAGAACCUAGAAGACAUUGUUCGAGAAAUAAAACCAACUGCUCUCAUAGGAGUUGCUGCAAUCAGUGGUGCAUUCUCAGAACAAGUUCUCAAAGAAAUGGCUGCCCUCAAUGAACGGCCUAUUAUUUUUGCUUUGAGUAAUCCAACCAGCAAAGCAGAAUGUACCGCAGAGCAGUGCUAUAAACUAACCAAGGGACGUGCAAUUUUUGCCAGUGGCAGUCCUUUUGAUCCAGUCACUCUUCCAAAUGGACGGACCUUAUACCCUGGCCAAGGCAACAAUUCCUACGUGUUUCCUGGAGUUGCUCUUGGUGUUGUGGCAUGUGGAUUGAGACAUAUCGCAGAUAAAAUUUUUCUCACUACUGCUGAGGUUAUAGCUCAGCAAGUGUCAGAUAAACACUUGGAAGAGGGCCGACUUUAUCCUCCUUUGAGCACCAUUAGAGAGAUUUCUCUGAAAAUCGCAGCAAAGAUUGUGAAAGAUGCAUACCAAGAAAAGACAGCCACAGUUUAUCCUGAACCCCAGAACAAGGAAGAAUUUGUUCGUUCUCAGAUGUAUAGCACUGAUUAUGACCAGGUUCUACCUGAUUGUUAUUCUUGGCCUGAAGAGGCUCAGAAAAUACAGACCAAACUUGACCAGUAGCCUAAUAGCAGACAUUUAUAACUCCAUUAAUGAGAUCUUGAAGUCUUUCGUAAUUUUUAAAGAUUGGAAUCUUUUAUAAUGAUUUAUAAUAUGCUAGGUUAAGAUAAUUUUACUAACAAAAUCUAAAAUUUUAUGGAAAAACAUUAAUAUACUUUAGGAUAAAUAUCACACUAAACAGUUUUGCUUCAUUUACUUUCUGGUUAUUUAUGGUUUCUAUCUUAUUUUGCCCAAGUUCUCUUUAAAAGCUGUUAUACCUACUACUGAGAAAUUCAUCAUUUUUAUAUAGGGAACUAUUGGGAAGACCAAAAUUAGUAAUAAAUUAAUAUGAUUAAAAUUAAAACCCAUAAUUCUUUUGUUGACCAUUUUGUUAAAAAUCUACUUUAAAAAAUGAAAACAGAAAUGAAUUUAGGCAUAGAUUAACUUUUUUCUAAAAAUAGAAACACUUUUUCUAAAAACAGAAACACUUUGUUGCCUAGAGAAAAGCACUUCUCAGGUACUUUUAUUCCAAUCUUAGAUUGUAUUUGUGUGUGUGUUGUGUGUGUGUGUGUGCAUGCGUGUGUGCAACCAAAUUCUAACAUUUCUAAAAAAGAUCAUUGCAGUUUAUAAUGCCUUAUGCAAACCUAGAUUUUAAUAUCCUUUAACCAUUGUUACAUCUUAUUAUCACCUUGCCUCAGUUAGAAUCUCUUUUAACAACACCUUUCUUUCCCCCUGACUAAGUGCCCUGUCCUUCUGCUCCACACUACUGUUGGGGGCCUUUGUGCACUUUGGCUCCUGUCCUGAGGUAGGUACUUUCAGUUCAGCACAGCUUGAGCAAUGGGAAUUGCUGAGAGGAGAGUAGGUAAGCUCCUUGAGAAAAGGCUGUCUGUGGAGUCAACCCCUGAGGACAAGGAAGUCCGGGGUAAGGAGCAAGAAUAUGGUUCCCAGACAAGCUGGUUCCCACCUGAGUGGCCUGUUGAUUCGCUCAAGUAAUUAAGAGCUCAUUGUGUUGUUAAAAUAAACACAUUUUCCUCUGAGUUUGGAAAAAGUUUUGUAACCACUUACCUGCUAUCAGAAAUUAUCUUUACGUCAGUUAUUAAAAUAUUUAAAUUACCAUUAGUAGAUACAGCCCAGAAAUUCAUCUUAACUUCAAGUUUUACUUUAGAAAUUAAUUAUUGAACCAAAGGAAAUGAUUAUACAUUCUUAAGCUCAGGUACAAUAACAUCUGCUAUUUAUUUGUAGAAUUAUUCAGAGAAUUUUAUGUAUUUGAAAAAAUGUUCAAGGUAAAUUAUACUUUAAAAUAAUUUUCUUGAAAGUCGAAAUUUUCAAUAAUUGAAUAUAAGGGGUGGGUUAUUUCUGAAGGUUAACAUUAGGACAAGAAUUUCCUCAAUAAGUUAUUUUGAAGAGGCCCGGUAUGCCUGUUUCUUGUCUGUUUCUAUGUUGUCUUAUAACUCUAACUAUAUGUAUUUAUCUGUGCGAAAGAUUUAUUAAAGCAUAGAGAAAGCAAAUGGAUAAACUUA